CGGAGAGGAGGGCGUAAGAGGGGACAUUUUGCAGACGCCCUCUACACUCGUCUAGCGUUUCCCCCACACUCUCAGUGUUUCCCAACCUGGGGCUGGAGGAAGGGAACUGAGGCCCGAUCACGAGUCCCGCCCUCGUGGUGCCUGGAGUGGUGUCCCCAGCCCCCGUGACGGGGAGGACGCCGCCGCCAGAGGGAGGCGUGACCUGGGAUUGCCCAGCCGCGGGAGGAGGCGUGAGGGGGCGGGGAAGAGGCAUUGCAGUGGAAGGAAGAGGAAGGGAGAAGAGGGCGCGCAGAGACCCGGAGCUGCAGGAAGGGGAAAGCGGAGGAAAGCAUUCGCGGGCGUAGUAAAGACAGCCAGUCGGCUUUGUAAUAAAGAUCAGGAACACGCCGGACGCAUGCGCACGGCCAAGGGAGGCGAGUCGCCGGGUGCUUCCCCUCCAACAACUCUGGUGGACGGUGGGAUCGUUAUGGGAUCUGAAAGAAUGGAGAUGCGGAAGCGGCAGAUGACAGCUGCCCAGGAGCCACCAGGCUCAGUCCCCGACCAGCCUGGAGCAGGGAAUCGGGGCUCCAAUGCUUGCUGCUUCUGCUGGUGCUGCUGUUGUAGCUGUUCAUGCCUCACUGUUAGAAACCAAGAAGACCAGAGACUCACAAGAGCUUCCCAUGAGCUCAGAACAGAACUUCCAACCUGCGAAGAAAGCCCAACUCCUACUCUGGAAGAAGUCAAUGCCUGGGCUCAGUCAUUCGACAACUUAAUGGUCACUCCAGCAGGAAGAAAUGCUUUCCGUGAAUUUCUCCGAACAGAAUUCAGUGAAGAAAAUAUGCUUUUCUGGAUGGCUUGUGAGGAACUGAAAAAGGAAGCUAAUAAAAACAUUAUCGAAGAGAAAGCAAGGAUAAUAUAUGAAGACUACAUUUCUAUUCUUUCUCCUAAAGAGGUCAGCUUGGACUCUCGAGUAAGAGAAGUAAUCAACAGAAAUAUGGUGGAGCCAUCCCAACAUAUAUUUGAUGAUGCUCAACUUCAGAUUUACACCCUAAUGCACAGAGACUCUUAUCCUCGAUUCAUGAACUCUACUGUCUAUAAGGAUUUGCUUCAGUCCUUAUCUGAGAAAACAGCUGAAGCAUAGGAAUUUUCAAAUAUAUUUAUUAUAAAAAAAAAUAAAGAAGUUCUGGACUACAUCUAGCACAGGGAAGUAAGAGGUAGUAAUGUCUUCAGCUGGGGUAAUACUUGGGCUCAUUUAAUAACAGAUGCUUCUUCCCUCUGGCAGAUGGUUAUAUAUUCACAAUGUAAAGUACAGCCACCUUUAGAGAUACUUUUGAGGAAAAAAAAUGGAAUAUGGCUGUUUUAGAAAGAUAGUAUAUUUACAUUUACAAUAACAGCAGCAUGUUUCCAGUGGCAAAGGAUUUGCUAAAAGAUGCCAUACUUCCUGGAGCAUGUACAUCCAUCCAUAGGAGCAAAUUUUUGUUUUGCAUGAGUUCAGUAGUAACCGAUUACCCACAAAAGACAUUCCAGUUGUUACUCAGAUACCCUUUCCUUCCAUCAAGCUUGGUCUGAAUACUUCACUUACCAGUACUGUGAUAGACCCAAAUUCACAUUUUAUAAAGAUGUAACCACUACCUGUAAAACUGAUAAUCCAUUUUAUAUCUUAGAGUAUGUAUGUAUGUGGAUACAUAUAUGUGCAUGUGUAUCUAUACAUGGGUAAUGUCAAAGCACUGUGCUUUUAACUGGAUGAGUCCCAAAUGUUUGGUAAAAGAAGCCGUGCUUAGAAAGUUCUUCUGUUGAAAAGAGUUACCAUUAUUUUAGUAUCAUAAUUUGCCAACCUAAAGAAAUUCACAACUUGGUCAUGUUCACAAUGAAACCUUCAAGUAAAUCUAUUUCCAUUUUUAUUAUUGAAAGAAAUAUGGGGCAUUUUUACUCUAAAAAAAUAAAGCACAAGAGUUUUAUCUCAGUCUUUACUUUUUCAUAUAUAAAUAUGUGGGAUACAUGCAACAUAUCUUUUAGCUCCCAUAUCUUUUAGUAUUCUGUCUUUAUAUUCCCACUAUUUUUAUCACAAAUGGAAUAACUUCAAAGCUUUAGGCAAAUAUAUAGUUUGUAGCUCAACCAUCCUGAAGAACCCCAUGUCUACAAGGAAUGGGCAAGACACAAAAUCUAGACUGGUUUUAGUAGUGGGUUAGAAAUUGAUUUGUAAGUGGCCCACACCAUGCUUUAGCCCACACAUGAGGUAGUUCUCCUGUUAAUCUCCCUACCCAGCCCUUCAAACAGCCUGUCUUCACUAUUCAAAUUCAAGUCCCAAGCCUAAGCCCCUGUCCCUCAUUUCUCAGUAAACCAUCUCACCUCCUACUCUACUAUGAAAAUUGUGUCUUUAAUCCUCCACUUCCUUUGUAACCUACCAAAUAUGUACAAAUCAGCAUCUAUUCUUGCCUCCUUCAGUCUCAUUUCAGAAAACGUGUUCUUACUUCCUUUUAAAAAUGUCAAUCCUAACCAGACAUGAUGGCACACACCUGUAAUCCCAACGGCUCAGGAGGCUGAGGCAGGGAGAAAAUGAGUUCAAAGCCAGCCUCAGCAAAAAUCAAGGCACUACACAACUCAGUGAGACCCUGUCUCUAAGUAAAAUACAAAAUAAGGCUGGGGAUGUGGCUCAGUGGUCAAGUGCCCGAGUUCAAUCCCUGGUUCCCCCCUACAAAAACAAAGUGUCAAUCCCUUGCACAUGUUUUUGCUUCUGUAUCUUCUCAUCUCAUUUUUCACUAAGCAGAGUGUAUCACUGUAAUUAAGAAAUAAACCCUGUCCUCUAGUAGUUUAUAUCAGACAAGGAAACAGAUUGUCAAUGGCAACUGCAAUGUGAUAUAGUUACGUACAGUAACGGGACAAACAGCCAAAUAAGUACUGCAGGGUUAUAGAAAAAUUUUGCAGAGGUGGUACCAAAGCUAAAACAGCAACAAUGUGUAUGUGCUAGUGGGGAAGGAGGUGAGGUUCCUGGUAGAAGGGAAGGUCUUCAUAAAUGAAGUGACCUCAACUAAGCCCAGUUAUGGAUAUGGUGAGUAUGAGGUAACUGUAAGACAUAAAAAGACACUAAGAAAUCAGCUGGAUGGAGGUAACUGGGUAGUCGAGAUUCAGGGCUGGAGUAUUGACUUGGGAUUUCUCAGCAUGUAAACAAAUAAGAUUUUCUGGAGAGGCAUAGAAAGAAGAAAGCUAAGGAUAAUUCCUAGCAAGGAUGGAUGGAGAAAUGAGAAUCCCAAAGGAGACUUAGAAGGAUUCACCUCAAUACAAGUAAGAAGGAAGUCAGGGACAUGUAAAGCUGUGGCACUUGAAUGAGACAUGUUUCAAGCAGAAGCUUCGAUAAACUCCACUCUCAUAUUACUUAUGGGGGUCCUAUCUGUUAAGAGGCUGAGGGGGCAGUGAAUAGCGGGGAACACUCCUAAAGCAACCACCCAUUAGCUUUCUCACUUUUAUGUCCUCACCUUCACCUUGGCCUUUCCCCACACUGUAAGCAUGCUCCAUUUCUCAGCGAAGGACAAGCUUGCAUUCUGUUUUAAUUGUUGAGUCUCCUCCUUUUUCAGACUUUUCACCACUUGCUGCCUCUACCUCGUGCUAAUCAUGCUCAAACCAACUACCUACUCUAAGGAUGGCUCUACCUACAAGUUUAAAACCCAACCCCACUAUUUUCCUUUAUAUCAAGGGCCUCAUCUCAAUGAGUGCUCAGGUUCUUGACAUCAUGGACAAUUCAUGGCUGGAAACACUCCUUCCCUAUCUUCUCAGGCUCUUUUCUACUUCUCCAUAUUCGGUCAUUUUUAUUUCUUUCCUCUCCAGGCAGGAGAGCAGGGCAGCUACAGGCUUGGGUCCAGAGCCAGACUUUCUGACUCCACCAUCCACUGUUGUGUGGUAAUGGCUAAACUUAGCCUUCCUGGGCCUGUUUCCUCAUUAAUAAAAAUGGUGAUACUAAUUAGACCUGGUACUAAGCAUUGCUAUGAAGAUUAAAACUAAUGCAUACUGGGCUGGGGUUGUGGCUCAGUGGUAGAGCACUUGCCUAGCAUAUAUGAGGCACUGGGUUCAAUUCUUAGCACCACAUAUAAAUAAAAUAAAUAAAUGUCCAUUGACAAUUAAAAAAAAUUUUUUAAACUAAUGCAUGUAAAAAAAUUUUAAAAACUAAUGCAUGUAAAAUCCAGUAUCAAUGUUAUUAUUUCUUGCCCAUUAAAUGUGAUGGCCCCUA